UAGGGAAUAGGGCAAAGAGUAUUAUGAAUAGGGAUUAUUAAUUACUUAGACCGGUAUCAAUUUACGCAACAAAAACAUUUAUUUGUUUCACAAUGUCUAAUAUCAAUUACACAACUAGAACCGAAGGACAAACAAAAGUCUACACAUUGAUGUGGACAGUUCCUAAUUUUGUGAUUUUAUUGGAAACCAAAGCUAGGAGGGAAUUACGAACAGCAGUUGAUGCACGAUUUCAGUUAAAAAUGCAGCUAUUAGGGCGCGACAAUGAUAUCAUUGAGAUUUAUUAUUUGUCGCCAAGUGCCCUAUUUUUGAAAGCCAUACUUACUUUGUGCUUAAAACGAUUUGAGGAAAGAUCCAUUGUUAUGAAAGAAUAUCACACAGUUCAAGCAAACAAGUGGCAAUAUUUGGCAACUUUAUUUAAGCGUGAUAUCGCAAGUUAUGAUGGUCGGGAUAUAUUUCUUUUAAGUGAUGGAAGCCUGCGUCUCAAAUUUCAAUUCAUGGUUACCAAUGAUAUUAAUGUUGGUAGAGCUUACAUCCCUGAAACACAAUUGAGUAGCGAUUUCGAAAGUCUUUUAAAUGAUGGUUUGUUUUCUGAUGUACUGAUGAAAUCUGCUGAUGGAUCUGAAUAUAAAGUGCAUAAGGCUGUAUUGGCAAGUAGAAGUUUGGUGUUGAAAGCACAUUUUGAACACAAUACAACUGAAUGUAUCACAAAUAUUGUAGAAUCUCCCCUUGAAUCAGAUGUAUUGUUUGAAGUACUGACAUUUAUUUACAGUGAUAAAGCACCUAGAGUAGAUGAUAUACCUGAAAGAUUAUUGGCUGCAGCAGAUUUCUACCAACUUAGCAGGCUUAAAACCUUAUGUGAAGAAGCAUUACACAAAAAACUUACAGUUGAAAAUGCAAUAGAAACUUUACAAUUAGCAGAUCUACAUUCUGCUAAGACAUUAAAACAAUUAACUUUAGAAUUUAUUAAAGAUGGUCAGUCUCAAUUGAUUACAAAAACAGAUGGUUGGUGUAAAGUCAAGUCUGUUGAUUUGAUAAAAACAAUUUAUGAGUAUAUUAUGACUGAUGAUGUAGAUGUUGAUAUAAAAUAAUAUCAUGAAGACUAAAGUAAGUGGUCAGAAUUUAGUCCUGACCUAAUGAAAUGUAUUAUAUUCUAGCUAAAUGUGUGGUUGCAUUAUAAACAACAUUAAAGUAUUCAUAGAAAUUAGUUUGAUCUGAUAAUAUAUAUAUAACACAAUUAAGUUAUAUCAAUAACAAUGAUUAGAUUAGAUAAUCAUCAAAUAUCAGCUAACAGGUAUCCCUGAAAAAUUAUAAUAUAUAUAAUAAAUCAUGCUGUCUGCUUAGACAUGUGGUCAAGUGAUAAAUAUUUUAUGAACCUUCUGCAUUGAGAUAGGGAUAAGCGCAACAGGUUCAGAAAAAAGACUUAGAAAAACAUGAAUUAAAAGUACCAUUAGCAAAGUGAUAAUUGCAUACUGACAUCAUUAAUAUUCAAUAUGCAACUGGCGGUAAAUCAUGUAAUUUACCACCAGUUGCAGAAAGCAUCCUUUAAGUUAAUGUUUCAUUAAAUAUAAUACUGACAUAUUCUGUUUCAUUUUGUCAGUCAAAAAUAUCAUGAGAUAUCAUUAACACUAAGGAUGCUUUCUGUAACUAGUGGUUAAACCUGGCUGUUAAUGCUCAGGGAUAUAAUGAAAUAAUUAAUCUUGUAAGAGAUUGUCUUGGAAUGGAUUUGUCUUAUAUAGUACUAUUAUUGAUGCUUGUUAUUUAUAUUUAAUGUUAAAUUUCAGGUUUAUUGUGAUAUUUAUUUUUAUAGUUAGUUUGUUUUGCUGUCGUUUAGUGUAAAAUUAAUAGUGUAUGCACUAUACUGAUCUUAUCAAGGUAAUUAUAAAUUAAAAGAAAAUUAACAUUAAAAUCUUUAUUUUUUUU